UUGUGGGAGUUAACUGGAGUAAAAGUCUUACUCCACAUAAGCACAGACAAUGGGUUACUAAACAUCGCAGACCAUAUAUAAACCAAAUUAGUUUUGCGUUCGGCAGUCUUGUGUUGAGGCAGUGGUGCGUGAUGGUGGCUAAGAUUUUUUGGGUCGUUGCGGUUUUGGGGGCGGUAACGGCCGAACCCCCGAGCACCAACUAUGGGACGCCACUGGCUAACAGCAUCAAUAAUUUUGCGGGAUACGAUGGGAAUGCCGGGAAUUCGUACGACCAUGGGCAUGGGGGUCAUGGGGACCAUGGGGACCAUGGUGAGCCCAAAGCGUACGAAUUCGGAUACCAGGUCAAAGACGAGUACUCCGGAAACAACUACAACCGGAAAGAAGCCAGCGAUGGUAAUCAGGUGAGAGGGGAGUACCGGGUUCAACUACCAGAUGGUCGGACCCAGAUUGUUACCUAUUAUGCGGACUGGCAGACGGGAUUCCACGCCGAUGUCAGGUACGAAGGCGAGGCGCAUUACCCGGAACAGUACAACACCUACCAAGGCGGGUAUCAGGGGCAGAAUACCGGAGGAAAUAACUACAAUUCCGGGUACAAUUCCGGGAACAAUUACGACUCGUACUCGGCGGGUUAUGGCAACAAAGGGAGGCCCAGUUAUGAGUAUGGAGCACCAUAAUUGAGCAAAUUAUUAACACAAUUUUAUUAUUUAUUUUUUGUAUAUAAGUAAUUGUAUACUUUUUGUACAUUUUUGUAUUUAAAUAAAUAAAUCAAACUAAGAUUAUAA